AUGCCUGCAGCAACUGAAGCUUUCCAUGCACUGUGGAACAGUAGUUCCCUCACAAUUGCCGUAGUUGUCACCAGCUAUAUGGCACUGGUUCAGCUUCUUCGGUACCGCCGCAUGGCAAAGAUAGAGGCCCCAUUCGUAAGUGGUGGGCGGCCAUUAUCAAGCAUGACAGUCCAAGAAGCCCAUGCAAUUAUUACCCAAUUGCAAGAAGUGGAGUUCCCAUACGCAUUUGCCAAGGCUCGUCGCAUGGCCCUACUAAAGGCCGGUGGCAUCCCGACGAUGUCGAAGCUUUUCGCUGUUACUGGCCAGAACAACAGGCGUAACGCGGGUAAGCGCGCGGUCGACACGGAAGUUCUCUUACGGGAGUCGCAGUCCCAGCCUCGGGAUUCGGACCGGACCCUUCAGAUUCACCCUGACGCCAACUGGGCGCUUUUCGUUGAGCUGACUCACUUGUCGUCCUUCAGCCAUGCCCGCUACCGCCGCGCCAAUAAAAUCACCGAUGAUGAUCUACUCCACACCUUAGGCGAUGGUCUUGCCGAGAUCCUGAAUGUGAUUGAGAGAGACGAGUGGCGCCAGCUUACGGACGUGGAGAAGUGUGCGCUGGGCAUCUUCCACAGGAACCUGGGCGAAGAUAUGGGAAUCCCAUUUGAUGCGCUUCCCUCCAGCGCAGAAGGGUGGAGAGAUGGCCUGCACUUCGCGUUAGAACUGCGCCACUGGACAAUCCAAUACGAGGAGCAAGUCGCGCGACCAACCGCAACAAACGAUCAAUACGUCCGAGUUUACGUGGAUUCGGCGCUUCCCGGCUUCCUAAAGCCAGUGGUGCGACAGACGUUGGGCGCUGACUUGGAUGAUGUCAUGAGGACCAGCCUUGGUCUCGAAUCUCCCAGCCUUCUCCUCUCUAUUGUGCUGGCCCUAGUCCGAUGUUCGCGAAAGUUGGUCCUUCGAUAUCUUGCCCUUCCACGUCCCUCGUUCCUGGCCGUCAAACUCGUGCAUGAUACGCCAAACCCGGAAACGAAAUUGUACAACUUUGACAGAAAGGGCCUGCAGCCAUGGUACGUCCGACCUACUCUCUGGUCCAAAUACGGACCGGGGGCGUUGUUGGUGAGAAUAUUCGGAGGCAAGGCGCCUGGUUCGGGCGGGGACCGGUAUCUGCCACAAGGGUACAACUUGAUGACAAUAGGGCCGGAGCCGCAGAAGGGAAAAGGAUUGCAAGAGAUGAGCCUUGACAUGGAGGUAAUCAAGGCGCGGGGUGUAGCCACUUGUCCAUUCUCGCAGGCAAAAUCUGGCAGCUUCAGAUGA